AGCGGGACGGGGCUGGCAGCGCCCGCAGCCCAACAUGCUCUGGGCUGCUCGGGGAUGUUUCCUGCUCUGGCUGCUCCCGUCCAUCCUCAGAGCCCGGGCUAGCCCGGAGACGAGGCCCAGCUCCCCUCUGUGCCAGCAGAGCCCCACGAAGGUGUCCUGCAAAGGAGUUGGCCUGCGGAAAUUUCCCAAGGAGCUUGGCCAAGGAAUUAAGUACCUUGAACUCUCCAACAACUUCAUCCAAAACCUGUCAGGCAGCAACAUGCCAGGAUUUGGGCAGCUGGAGUACCUGGAUGUGUGCUUCAACCAGCUGGAAGCCGUGUCAGCCACCGCCCUGGCUCAGCUGCCUCGGCUGCGCUCGCUCCUCCUGGCAUCCAACCACCUGGACCGGAAUUACUUGGCUAACGGGGAAGCUUUCCAUCUGCUCAGGAAUAUAGAGGUCCUGGACCUGUCAGUGAAUAACCUGGAGAGCCACAUGGCCAGCUGGUACAUCAGCAGCCUCACCAGCCUGAGGGUGCUGGAUCUCUCUGGGAACACGAUGACCAAGCUGCUGGCAGGGACCUUCCAGAACUCGCCGCGCCUGCGCCAGCUCGACCUCAGCAACAACUACAUCAUGGAGAUCCAGGAGGGAGCUUUUGAGCCUCUGGAAGAGCUGGAGGUGCUGAACUUGGCUUUGAAUUCCCUCCACUGUAUCUCUGGCUUCAGCCUCACGCAGCUGCGAGUUCUAAACCUCAGCUACAACGCCCUGGAGCUCUUCUCCUCCGACGAGGGAGCGGAGCCCUACCUGCUCCGAGUGCUCGACUUGAGCCAUAACAGACUCCUCUCUUUUCCAGAGCUCCCCAGAGCCCAUGAUCUCACACACUUAAACCUCUCCAAUAACCUCAUUUCUUCCCUGCUCCCAGGCUCACCCCAUCCCAGGGAGUUUGUCCUGCUUUACAAGGAGAUGCAGAGGUUCAACAGGACCGUGCGUUCCGUGGCCGCUCUGACACGCGUGGCUGACCUGGAUCUCAGCAAUAACCGCCUGGAGCUGUUCCCAUUUUCCUUCUUCCACAGCCUGGGCUCCCUGCACAGGCUCAGCCUGGCAAGGAACUGUCUCCAGGAGGUGGCCAGGGAGUCUGUCUCCAAUGGCACAGAGCUGUCCGUGCGCUCGCUGGACCUCCACAGCAACGCCCUCCGUGUGCUGCCACGCUGGUUCCUCGAUUCCCUGCCUCACCUGGAAUCCAUGGAUUUGGGCUCCAACAGCCUGCAGCCUUGUGAGGGCCAGGAGAGUUACCAGGGAGAGGAUUUGAGAAGGGAUUCUGGAAACACCUGCACCACCUUCUACAACGUGCCUCGCUUGAAGCACCUGAGCCUGUCCAAGAACGGCAUCUCCAGGCUGCAGCCCCACGCCUUCAACCGGACCCCCCUGCUCUCCCUGGACCUGUCGGGGAACAGGGACUUGUCCAUGGCCACGGGAGCACUGGGGGGAUUGGAGCUGUCCCUGCAGGAGCUCUCUCUGAGGGACAACCAGAUGGACGAGGGCCAGGCAGCGCUGCCCUGCCUGGUCACGCUCCGAGUGCUGGACCUGUCGGGCAACCACCUGAGCCUGCUGCCCACGGGGCUUUCCUGCUCCCCGCUGGAGAGCCUGGACAUUCGGAAUAACAGCCUGCAGAGCCUGGGAGCAGCCAGGAGCUGGUCCCACAGCCUGAGGGCUGUGUCUGUGGCUGGGAAUCCCUGGAGCUGCUGCUCUCUGGGCUGGCUGGACACGCUGCGUGCGGCCGGCGUGGCCGUGCCCGACCUGCGCCAAGCCCGCUGUGUUUUCCAGGAGCACGGCCGGAAUAUCUCAGCCAUGAUCAGCGGCACUCCCGGCUGGAUCUGUCCCCAGCCCGAGGGCACUGCCUCCCUGGCUGUGCUGGUGGCCCUGAUUAGUCUUUCCCUCCUCUGUGCCUCGGCUUUCUGCCUCCUGAGGAAAGGGCAGAAAGCUCCGGGAUGUGAGGGACUCGGGAACAACAGAGUGGGAAUCUCGCAGCUCCAUCCCAAAGGAGAGAGGCCAGCCGAGGAGAGGCCACCUGACAGCAUCACCAAAGUGUAG